UUUUUUUUCCUUUCAUUCUCCGUCUCCCCGCUCUCUGUCUCUCUCUCUCUGUCUCCCUUUGUCUCGGUCUCUCUCUCUCUCUCUCUCUCUGUGUGUGUCUCUCGCUCUUCCGAUGUCCUCGCUUGUUAGUAACAACAGCAGUGGGAGUACGUCCAACCUGCUUGUUGGCAGUGGCAGCUCGCACGCCCUCGCCCCGCCGAACACGACGGCAGCAGCUCAACAACAGCAGCAGCAAGGCCAAGGCCAAGGUCAAGGUCAGGGUCAGGGUCAGCCACCACCUCAGCUGCAAUCGCAGUCACAAUCACAGCAGCAGCAACAGCAGCAGCAGGAGCAGCUCUCCAUCUUUGCCGCUGCGCAGCGCGGUCUGCUCGAUCUCGUCAUUUCCUGGAUCCAGUCCGGCGCGCACACGCCCAAUUCUCGCGACAAUGAGGACGUCACGGUGCUGCAUUGGGCUGCCAUCAACAACCACUUGCCUGUGGUUCGGUAUCUCGUGGAGAACGGCGCCAUCGUGGACGCCAUUGGUGGCGAUCUCAAGUCAACGCCAAUGCAGUGGGCUGUCCGACAGGGCCAUAUCGCCAUUGUCGUCUACCUGGUCAAGUGUGGCGCAGAUCCCUCGAUCUGCGAUAUCGAGGGCUUCAACUCGCUCAUUCUCGCCGCUCAGUUCGGCCGAAGUGGCGUUGCUGCCUACUUUAUUGCACGAGGCAUGCCAGCAGACACGACCGACCGUCAAGGCCGCACCCCAUUGAUGUGGUCGUCGUAUCGCAUUUUUACGCCAGAUCUGAUACGUCUGUUGCUUACAUUCCAUGCCAACGUCAACGCUAAGGAUUUGAUGAACAACACUGCUCUGCACUGGGCGGCCUUGUCAGGAAAUCGGACUGCUGUCGACUUGCUUGUCAAUGCCGACGCUAACAUUGACGCGCGGAACGCCAAGAACCAGACUGCCGAAGCGGUUGCUGCCGAAAAGGCCAAUACUUGGGUCCAAAAGUUUCUUCACGGCAAGAGUUCGCGUCCCAAGACUGGUGUUUACGCCAAGUUGACAGAGAUGAACGUCCGCAAGCCCACGCUGCUGCUUACUCCAUACAUUUUCUUGCCGGUGUUCGUUUACAUUAUCUCGCACUUUACGUUCUAUUGGGCCGUAUUUUCGCUGGCUGCCCUUGUGCUGCUCACUUCAAACGUCAUGAAAGCUGCGUGGAUUAACGUGGGCGGCAAUCCGGCGCCCGCUGGCUUGUUUACAGCAUCCGUGGUCUGGGUUCACAUCACGUUCUUUACCCACAUUAUGGCUGGAGAGCCGCGCUUUUGGCUCAAGGCAGUCUUCCUCGGCUUGUCUGCGUUCAUGUACAUCAUGUUUUACAAAACAAUGCGGAACGAUCCGGGCUACAUCCGUACCUCUGAUGAUGUCAAGCGAAAGACCAUCAUCGAGUUGACUGAAACGAGCGAGGGUCUUGAUUUCUCAAAGUUCUGCUCCACGUGCGUUCUGCGACGGCCCCUCCGCUCAAAGCACUGCACCGAAUGCGGAGUCUGCGUCGCUCGCUUCGACCAUCACUGUCCAUUCGUGUACAACUGCGUGGGCAGCCUCAACCAUCGAGAGUUUUUGUACUUUUGCACAUCCUUUGUCAUUUGUGACUUUAUGUUUGUGUACAUGAGCUUUUGCUGGCUGAUGGCAUUCACCUCGCCAACCGAGGGCUUCUUUGGCACGCUUGGCGCCAUGAUUUCCGAGCAAACCUGGGUGUUCUUCUUUGCCGUGUGGGGCGCCUUCCACGGAUGUUGGGUCGGUGGAUUGACGGCUCAGCAGCUGCGAAUGGUCGCACUCGACAUGACAACGAACGAAACCAUGAACAAGUACAAGUACAGCUACCUGGCGAACGGCCAACCGUUUUCGCGAGGCGCAUUGAACAAUUGCAUUGACUUUUUCCGCUGGACGGUGUGUCUUCAGCGUGUCCGUCGUGUCAAUUGGUUUUCCAUCUUUGAGGUGGAGGAUGUCCCCGGCGCCGCCAACGAGCUGAAUGUCCUGGAGCGACGCAAGCAUCAGAACGGCAACUCUCAUGGCCACGCGCAUGGCUCCAACACUCACGGGCACUCUCAUGCUUGAGAUGAAGGGGUAUAGGAUCAGAGUCUGGCGUCUUGUUGUAGUUGUUGGUGGGGGAUUUUUUUGUGGUUGUCGGCAUUGCUGUUGUUGUUGUUGUUCCUUUUUCUAAAUUGUAUUCGAUUCUCCGAG